AUGGCCCUCAAAGUUCUCCAGGCGAAUAUCAACCACUGCACUAGUGCACAGGACCUGUUGUGUCAGAGCAUGGCGCAGUGGUGGAUAGACGUGGCGGUGGUCUCUGAGCCGUACUUCGUCCCGCCCCGGGAUAACUGGGUGCGGGACGAAGACAGCGCGGUGGCGAUCGUGUCUUCGGCGAGCUCUUCGCCUCUUACAUGUGUCGUGCGAGGUCAUGAAGCGGUCUCGGCUCGUCUGGGUGACUUGGUUGUAGUUGGAGUUUAUUUCUCGCCCAACCGUCCGCUCAACGAGUUCGAGUCAUUCCUGACCCAGGUUGAGGCGCUGGUCCUGAGGUGUCACCCUCUCCCCGUACUGGCUGCUGGAGAUCUCAAUGCCAAAUCAACGGCAUGGGGAUCCCCAGCAACAGAUGCGCGGGGUGCACUUAUCGAGAAGUGGCUCAUCACUAACGGGCUAGCGGUAGUAAAUCGGGGGACGGUACCCACGUGCAUGCGAUGGAACGGUAGCUCGCGACCGGACGUAACGUUUGCGAGCCCAGUCCUAGCGCGCCGUGUCGAGGGCUGGAGCGUGUUGGAGGACGUGGAGACGCUCUCUGAUCACCGUUACAUACGGUUUGAUCUCUCCACGUCCUCGGUUGCUCCGAGCGGCCCAAGCCGAACUCCGAACGAGGCUAGCCCGAGGUGGCAGCUGAAGCGCCUAGACAAGGAGUUUCUCCGCGAGGCGGCCAUUGUUAAAGGUUGGUCCCGUGCGCCGGUGAAUGUGGUGGUAGAGGACGAGACCGAGUGGUUCCGGGGCGCGUUGGCAGAAAUCUGCGAAGCCUCGAUGCCCCGGGCCAGUACUCGUCCUCCCAGAAGGUGGGUGUACUGGUGGUCGCCCGAGCUCUCGCGCCUGCGAGAAGCUUGUUUCAGGGCUAGAAGCCAGUACGCCCGAUACCGGAGGAGAAGGCGCAGGGACGAGUCCGAAGAGGCCGCCUUGUACGCCAAGCUAGUGGAGGCAAAGAGAUCGCUGAGGACAGCGAUAGCGUCAGCCAAGGAGACAGCACGCGAGGAGCAGCUGGGUACCUUGGACCACGAUCCUUGGGGGCAUCCAUAUCGGCUGGUCCGGAAUAAGCUCCGGCCGUAUGCGGCCCCCCUGACGCGGACCUUGGAUCCGCAGUUCCUCGGUGAGGUGGUAGCCGCUCUGUUUCCGCAGGGAGCGGCCUUUCAGCCCCCCAGUAUGGCACCGCCACUGGCGGAAAGAAGCGAGGGCGUGGAGGCGAUCCCUGAGGUGACCCGGGAUGAGUUUGCUGCGGCCGUUACACGGCUGCGUGCGAAGUCGUCGCCCCGGGUCCUGAUGAAGUUCCGGGUCGUGUCCUCGUUCUCGCUCUGGACGUUCUGGGAGAACGGCUGA